GGAGAGGUGUGUACGGGGGGUGGCUGGCGGGGGAGGUGGCUGUAGUCUCUCUUUUGCAGUGCUAUGGUAAUAACUGUCCCUUCCCCCCACUUCCAGCCCAGCCUUCCUCCCCAUCUGCUUUCUCCUCCUCUCGUUUGGUCCCAGGCAGGCAGCAGACAGACUGCAUCAUUUUUUGCACAGGCUGCAGCAGCAGCGCCGAGAGAGGGAGCAGGUGGAGAGUUCAGAGACUGCAGUGAAGCUGCCCUCGAGACAUGGCGGAUCAGUGCCUGUGAAUAAGCAAAAAAUCCCCAAGCUGCCUCCCCUCCGAGCUCCGGUUCGCUGGGCUGCUGCUGACAGGCCAAGGAGAAAGGAGAGAAGCGGCCAGAGGACAAAUGGUGCUGCAGCCUUUUCUUUAAUUUCCUCCCCUUCUUCUCCAUGUUGUAUCUCUCUUCAGUGCUUUAGUCAGUGUAGCUGCUGCUGCUAGCAGGAGCAUCCAGGGACAGUGCCAUCGCUCCCUCCCUUCCCCCCCCCACCCCCUCUCCAUCUAUCUGUCCAUCCAUCCAUAAGGGCUAUGGCUGCAGAAGAGGUAUUGCAGACAGUGGAUCACUAUAAGGCUGAGAUCGAAAGGCUGACUAAGGAGCUCACCGAAACAACCCACGAAAAGAUCCAGGCAGCUGAAUAUGGACUGGUGGUGCUGGAGGAAAAACUCACCUUGAAACAGCAGUAUGACGAGCUGGAGGCUGACUACGAUUGCCUUAAACAGGAGCUGGAGCAGCUGAGAGAGGCAUUUGGACAAUCAUUCUCAAUUCACCGCAAAGUGGCGGAAGAUGGUGAAACACGUGAAGAGACUCUCCUGCAGGAAUCUGCAUCAAAGGAAGCUUAUUACCUAGGGAAGAUCUUGGAGAUGCAAAAUGAGCUGAAACAGAGCAGGGCAGUGGUCACCAAGGUUCAAGCAGAGAAUGAGAGGCUCACUGCUAUCGUCCAUGACCUGAAAGAGAAUAACGAAAUGGCAGAGCUGCAGAGAAUACGAAUGAAAGAUGAAAUUCGAGAAUACAAGUUCCGAGAGGCAAGACUUCUUCAGGAUUACACAGAGCUUGAAGAAGAAAAUAUCACUUUGCAAAAACUGGUGUCCACACUGAAACAGAACCAAGUUGAAUAUGAAGGUUUAAAGCAUGAGAUUAAACGAUUUGAGGAGGAGACAGUAUUGCUUAAUAGCCAGCUAGAAGAUGCCAUCCGAUUGAAGGAGAUUGCCGAACAUCAACUGGAGGAAGCCCUGGAGACUUUAAAAAAUGAAAGGGAGCAAAAGAACAAUCUGAGGAAGGAACUCUCCCAGUAUAUCAACCUCAAUGAUAGUAUGUACAGUAAUCACAUUAAUAUAUCGGUAGAUGGAUUAAAGUUUGCAGAGGAUGGGAGCGAACCUAAUAAUGAUGACAAAAUGAACGGGCACAUCCAUGGGCCUCUUGUGAAACUGAAUGGAGAUUACCGGACUCCCACAGUUAGGAAAGGAGAAUCUCUGCACCCAGUCUCUGAUCUCUUCAGUGAGCUCAACAUAUCGGAAAUGCAGAAAUUGAAGCAGCAACUUGUGCAGGUGGAGAGAGAAAAAGCUAUUCUCCUUGCCAACCUUCAGGAGUCCCAAACGCAGCUAGAACACACAAAGGGAGCCCUGACUGAGCAACACGAGCGGGUCCACAGGCUCACAGAGCACGUCAACGCCAUGAGGGGAUUGCAGAGCAACAAGGAGCUGAAAGCAGAGCUAGACUGUGAGAAGGGCCGAGACUCCAGCGAGGAAACGCAUGAUUAUGAAGUAGACAUCAAUGGCCUGGAGAUCCUAGAAUGUAAAUACAAAGUGGCCGUGACAGAAGUGAUUGACCUUAAAGCUGAGAUAAAGGCCUUAAAGGAGAAAUACAAUAAAUGUGUGGAAACAUACACCGAAGAAAAGGCGAAGUAUGAAAGCAGGAUCCAGAGGUAUGAUGAGCAGGUGACGAACCUGGAAAGAUCAACGAAGGAAAGUUACGAGAAAAUGGUUCACAUAGAAAAAGAGUUGCAAAGGAUGACGAGCAUAGCGAAUGAAAACCAUAAUACCCUCAACACAGCCCAGGAUGAGCUGGUGACAUUUAGUGAGGAGCUGGCUCAGCUCUAUCACCAUGUAUGUUUGUGUAAUAAUGAAACUCCCAACAGGGUCAUGUUGGACUAUUAUAGGCAAAGUAGAGUCACUCGUAGUGGGAGCCUGAAGGGACCUGAUGAUCCUAGGGGGCUCCUGUCUCCACGGCUUACCAGAAGAGGAACGGCAUCCCCGGUAGAAGCCAGGACCCCAACUGAGCAAGUUUCGAAAGAGAGCACAGAGGCUGGCAAAGAACAAAGUCCAACUAAGACACCUACGAUUUCUCCUGUCAUCACGGCCCCUCCUUCCUCUCCAGUCUCUGACACCAGUGACAUACGCAAAGAGCCAAUGAAUAUCUACAACCUAAAUGCAAUAAUACGGGACCAAAUCAAGCACCUGCAGAAGGCUGUAGAUCGGUCACUGCAGCUGUCACGCCAGCGUGCAGCAGCACGUGAACUGGUGCCCAUGAUUGAUAAGGACAAGGAGGCCUUAAUGGAAGAGAUACUGAAACUGAAGUCCCUGCUGAGUACAAAACGGGAGCAGAUAGCAACCCUGAGGGCAGUGUUGAAAGCCAACAAACAGACAGCUGAAGUGGCACUGGCCAAUCUGAAGAAUAAAUAUGAGAAUGAAAAAUCAAUGGUGACCGAAACCAUGACCAAACUGCGAAAUGAAUUAAAGGCUUUGAAAGAAGAUGCAGCAACCUUCUCAUCCUUGAGAGCAAUGUUUGCAACCAGGUGUGAUGAGUAUGUCACACAGUUGGACGAGAUGCAAAGGCAGUUGGCAGCUGCAGAGGAUGAGAAGAAGACCUUAAACUCUCUAUUGCGGAUGGCUAUCCAGCAAAAACUUGCCCUCACCCAGCGACUGGAGGAUUUAGAGUUCGAUCAUGAGCAGUCCCGACGCAGCAAAGGCAAGCUUGGAAAGAGCAAGGACAGCCGCUCUAAAGUAAGUGAGGAAGCAUCAGCCACCGUGCCAACCGUAGACACUUUCCUCCUGCAUAGUCAGGGCCCACAGCAGCCAAACUUACUGGUCAGCAGUGGCACUCAGAGGAAAAGACUAUUCUCACCUUCCCCUUGUGAUCAGAGCCAUCCCAGGACUUCAGGGACCUACCUACAGAAUAUAUUAAGAGCCCCCCUUGAUCCCACCUCCACAGAAUCAUUUCUUCUGAGGAGCCCCCCUUCCAUGAGUGAACUCAUCCAUGAGUACCGUCUCAGCAAGGAAAAAAGGUUAACCGUGGCCAUACCAGCAAAGAGAGAUUAUCAGCAGCCUGCUACCUCCAUACCACUAUGCGGCUCACAACUAGCCAGGGGGCCGGACUGCCAGACUGUCAGUCCUAAUGUAGCCCUUCCAGAAGAGCAGCCACAUUCCAGCUCUCAGUGUGCCCCUCUCAACUGUCUCUCCAAGCCUCCUCCUUAUUCCUAAUCUUCAGAUGCAACAUAAGAGAAAAAACAAACAAACAAACAAACAAACAAACGGGAGUGGAGCUCACACAACAAAGGUAUAAGUUGCUCCCAAGGAUUCAGUAGACAAUCCUGCCUUGUUGCUGCAUUGAUAACUCUGGAUUCAUACCCAAUGACUUUUUAUGGUUCCUCUAAUUAUAUUCAAACUUUGCUAUCACACCUGAAGUUUAGUGAAAUUUAACAAAGUGAGAAAAUGUUCCUCCCAGCUGCUUGGCUUUACCUCUGAAAUAUUGAGAGACUUAAGCCAAUAUUUUAAAAAAAUGUUACAAAAUCCUAUUUUCACAUCCUCUAUGUUCAGCCAUACAAACCAGUUCAGAUUUUCUUUUCUGUCAUUAAGAGUGUGAUAUUUAUUUUUAUUUUAUUUGCACCAUAAUUUUGUGUUUAUAAAAUGUGGUCCUGGUUUUUGGAUUUUGUUUUGUUUUGUUUCUCUUUUUGGUGAGAGUUGUAUUUAAUUCAUUUUAUUUUUAAAAGACAACCAGAAAUAGCUUAAGUUAAGAAUGAUUGAGUUGAUAUUUUAAAAAAUAUGAUGAUUGUUAUCUUGGCCACAGAGUAUGGCCUAAUUUUUUUAUUACACAAAAACAUUGAAAAUGGGGUGAAUUGGAAUGUUAACAGUGACUUUAUAUUUUGCUGCUGCACUGAUAUUGUUUAUGCACUUGUUUUCUAAUUUCUGUUACACUAGCUGCUGGUUUUGUUCUCGGUCUUCACUGGAAGCUAAUUAUUAAACCUAAGAAGGAGAUUAGAGAAUAAUGCUUUGAUUUUCAUUCAGUUAUUUGCUUACAUUUUAAGUAUAUUUAUGCAUUUCAGAAAAAUAGAUGAAUUGGUGCUUUUUCUGGGGGGUUUGGGGAGGGUUCUGUUUGGUAUCUGAGAAAGAAAAGCUAAAACAACCUGAAGUAAAAUGUUGUGUGUUAAUUAAAAUCUUCUGGUUUUGUUCCUGCUCCCAAAUUGAGGGUACUUGUUUGAGGCCUUACCAGUGAAAGGAUAAAGAGUAAGAAUGGUGAGGUUAUAUACAUUUAGCAUGAGAUUUUCUAUGGUGAAAUACCUCAUGCAUGUAGGGUUAAUGGUUUGGAUUGAAAUUGGCAGGAUUUUACUGUAGUGCAUUUUUUCCCUUGCCAAAUAUUAACAAAUACAGAACCUUAGUUCAUUGUCAGUUUAUGACAAAUACUCAGGUGACCUAUGAUGCACAGUGUUUCUAGUUAAAGAAUCUCUCCUCUAAAGGCUGGAUAAAGCUGUGUUGCAGAGUAGUGGAUUUUCACAGCAAAAUGAAGGAUAGCUGAAUUUAUUUUGCACAGAAUCUGACAGCAAGGCGAGUAGCUAAAUAAGCUGUGGUGUCUUAGCACCUUUGGGCUUCUUAUCUGAUCAUCAAGAUGGAAAAAUACAAGUACUGCCCAAUCCAGUUGCUAAUUAGCAUACUCCUUGCUCUUGGUCAGUGGCCUUAAUUUAUUUAAAGAAGACAGGCGUUGAUAUUUCCAUGUUUCUGUCUGUUCCUUCUCUGUGGGGUUAAUAUGAUCCACAAGAUGGAAAUAGAAAUGCAGCUUACGAUUUGCAGCAAUUAAAAAAGAAAAAUUGUUGCAGAUAUAGUUGGAAUAAUUCAAUAUAACUGAAUUUGAGGAAACGAACACAGUCCUCCAAUAUUAACAGUGCUUACCAAAUGUAAUAACAUACAGUAUAUAAGUGGAGGAAAAAAUCAGCGGCCAAUCAGUGUGCCUAACAAUCAUUACCAUAGUACCAGUAAUGAAGGUGCUGUAAAUAGAAGUAUCCUAAUGUAAUCAACAAUGUACACUAUAUAACCUUGUCAGAGCCAUUGAGCUAAUAUAACAAAACAUGUAGAAUUGGAGGUGGAGAAAAAUAGAAACAAAUUCAUGUAAAAGUCUGAUCAUACCAACCUAACAACUCUUUGCACUGUUUCUAUAUACGUUUCCAAGAUGUUCACUUCUUGUACUGCAUUCACAUAACUUUUUAGUGCCAUACAUAACCUACUCUUCUAACAGAAAAGUCCGAUAAAACUUGUUUAGUAUUAUCAUGCUGUUUGGCACUAAGAUUAGCUGCUAUGUAGAUUUUUAUUAAAGAACUGUUUUGUCUGGGCAAAUGUUGCCUUUAAAAAGCACCUCGGAAUACCUGAUGAUGUUAGAUCAGUGUAUUAUUAUUCCUCAGUGGUAGCGUCUGUGUCCAACAAAGAUAGCUACUGCAUAUCAGUUAAGUGAGAAAAAAAUUAGCAUUGCCACAUUGUAUACAGUUGCUGUAAACUGUAUUUAGAAUAUUAUCUCCUGUUUUCAUAUCCAAACCAGACAUCUAUUGAAACUACAAAGAACAUUUCUUCCCCCUAAUUUAAAAACAAAUUCUAAAAAAUCCUAUACGGUUUAGUUUCUUUUUAUAUAGAUAUGAAUCUGUGGAGAAAAUACUUGUUUUGAAAUAUUAAUUCAAUAAUAUAUUCAUUUUUAAUUGUGAUUUGCAAAGUAAAAUUAGCAACUCUGAAAGACUGUAAUGGUAUGCGUAUUUGGAUCAAGAGUUAUAGAAGAGUGUUCCAUGGAUUAGAAAUUUUGGUCAUGUUUUACAGAAAUAAGUAGUUUUUUUUAAAGUUUUGAUUCUCCUGUGAUGCUUUAAUUCCUAAUCAAUUUAUAAUUUUUUAAAUAUAAUAAAGCAAGAAUACAUGCUUGAAAUUGAAGAGAUCUAGGAAAGAACCAACUUAAAUGUAAAAAUGACUGUGGUUAUUGCAUUGUAAGAAAUAAAGCUUUGUAGGCCCCAGAGCAGUCUUGCCUCUUUUGUCAGUUCACUGGGGGAAAAACAUAUCUUAAACUUCAGAAAACAUAAAGCCUUCUUGGUUAGAUGGUAAUUAGUGAUGUAAAGUUUUACCAAAUAUCUGGUAGGAAUUGCUUCUGAACACAAAAAAUCCAACUUGUUUUUAAUGUUGGCAAAAUGAUGUAUAUAGCCAUUUUUAAAAAUCAUUCCUAACAUAUUGCCAUCUAUCCUGAUUUUAAAAUGAAGGGGAAAAAAUGAAUACAUAUAUUCUUAGAGGCUAGGUAUACUUAGAAAUGCUGAUGUAUAUCCCCAACAGCAAAGAACCGUCUUUCAAAAGCUUGUCCAGACUUUCAUAUUAGAAAUGCAGCUAUUGUUCAUAAAGAGGGCCUUGGAGUCUCUGGUUGUCAGGUAGCCUAUGAAUGCAUGACCGUUUUGUCCUUUUUUCUGACCUUGGGAGAGUUGUUUCCUGAUAGAAACAAAUGAUCCAUGUCUGAACAGCCAGUUACUGGAAAUUUGUGGAAGGAAAACAAAAUAAACAGUGUAAAUCAAAUUCAAAUAUAAGGGUAGAAGAAACUGAAUUAAUAGAAAAUUGUAAAACAGGAGUGGGGAAGAAUAUAUGUUCUACCAGCGUCAGAAGGUAACCUUGAGACUUUUAUAGAAAGAGAAAAUAUAGAUCAUUUCCCAUCUCAAAUCAUGUAAGGGUCUUUGCCUUCUAGACAGAGGCAGCAGGGAGAUCCUUUUUAAUUGAUCUCUGACAGGUUGGCAUCUCCAUGCUUAUUCAACCCAAGUAGAAUUCAUGUAAUUAUAGCUAUACAGUAUGAUUAAGAUAAGGUGGAGAGUUUUAAUGCCAAGAUUAUGCUUCAGUUUUUUUCCUGUUUAAAAAUUUGAAGUGGUUUUAACCAUUUGCCAUACAUAUCUGUAAGCAAAAAGAGGAGGAUGUUUUAAAAGAUGAUAAAGACAUCACCAAUGAAGGCUGCUAACCUGAAAUCAUAUUAAUAUCAGUGUUUACAUAAAGCAGCUAGUUACAUGGGGAGCAAUCCUGCUUACACUGGAUGCAAUGCAAGCAGAACUGGGCCCAUAUUAUGCUAGCUACUUUAGAACUUCACCUGGCAUCACUGGAGGAAUUUUGCCAUCAACUUCAGUAGAAAUGGACUGAGUGCGUAAGGAGGUUAUAGAUUACACAAGCUCUUCAGAGGUCUGUUCUCUUUCUCAAGUGAUAGAUGUACAUCUGUUGGAGUUGCAGUAAAUGUGUUUCUUUCUGUCCUGAAGAAAUCUUUAUUUGAAAAUGGCAGGCAUUGAUGUUUUACAUUUGAAGCAUGAUCACUGCUUUAUUUACCUCUUUAAAAAUGAUAGCCAUCAAUUUACUUCAGUUUUUCUCCUGCUAUACAUGCAGUAUGUCUUAAGGAGACAUACAGUAUUCAGAACUUUUUUCACCAUUGAUGGUGUUGGUUUUUUUUAAUUUUUAAAUAUUCUGUGAAAAAGAAAUACACAAAAAACAACUAAUUGCCUUUAGCCUUAAGGCACAAAUGCACCUACAUAUGCAAUAUAAAGUUCAUGCAUGAGAUUCUUUAAAUCAUGUAGCCGUUUCCAUAAGUAUGAUGAUGAAGCUAGAGAAUUCUUUUUUCCUGUAUGAUUCCCUUACUCCCUGUGUCAGAAAUGCAAGACGGAUGUUACACAGAGUCUGUACCUUACAUGAUAAGCAUGGUUUAAAUCCUCCUUGCAUUUUAAUCUUUUUCCUGUGGAGUUCUUGAAAAUUCCCCUCUAUUAAAUCUAAAGUCAACAAAGUGACAAACUGACAUGAGAUAAAGGAAAAUUCCCAUAUUCUAUAAAUGUAGUUCAUUUGUUGUCAGACUCUGGGUGAUGGGGCCUUGGGUUUCAAUUACUGUCUUUAUAUGGAGGUGUUUGUUCUGCUCAUCAUUAUUAUGCUGUAAUAGAAACAAUGGAGAUUAUUGUAUGGUUUUUCUCAGCAUUAGUAAACAUGGUUAAACAAAUGGUUUUUUUUUAUUAAAACUUGUGUUUGAUUUAAAAGGUGUGCUGGAGAUUAAUGAACAAAAGAGGCUAACCCAAAUGAACUGGUUUGCUAGCUGGUUCAUUUAAUCAGCAGUGAAGAAGAAAUAAGAAAACUCUAACUUUUAAAAUGGUUACUAUUAUUGUUAUUAUUAUUAUUUAUUUGUUUAUUAUUCACAGGUAUGGCUUCGUGCACCAUGCCAGUGGGUAAAUUAAGUGUAUCUCAUUAAUUAUUGCCCUACUAAUUUCAAGCCCUAUGGUUUGACUGUUAAAGGGUUAAUUAACUUGAUCCUUUGGGGAAAAAAAUGUAAAAAACAAAAAAAUCUGAUGUUUUGUGACUUUUAUAAUCUACUGAACAUUUCCAUUUGCAUGAUGAUCUGUAUCUAACAAACCAUACCAAUUGCCGUGUUAAUUUCCAAAUAGUUUUAACAUUGGUGAUAUUUGUGACAAACACAAAUUUGUAUACUGUAUGUUUACUGCUGUUAUGACUUGGCUACUCCUAUGUUGAAUUGAAAUUAUGUUGUAAUGCCUUCCUGGGCUUAAAUGAUGGAGUGUUUCUGGAUGGUGAAGAAUACAAAAGUAUAUGUGCUCAUUGACUAAAAUAUUGAACAUGAGAAACUCUUCUUGUUGCUACCUUUUGUUUAAAAGCAAAACAUGAUGAAUAAUUCUUGGUUCCAAAAAUGCAUCAUUUGUAUUUCAAGUUAACAUAAUCCCCAUGUUAACCCUUUCCUGCCAUGUUUCUUAUACCUAUAGAUAAUCCUAGGUGAAUGCCUUGUGAGGGAUUCAUAAAGUAUGUGCUUGUACAUGUGUAGUAUGACCAUGCAGUCAAAUGGUUGAGAAAAACAAUCCAGUGCUGAA